AUGCCAGCACAAAUCAACGGCUCUGCUGUGCCGGCUAGCAUUCCCAUCCGCAUAGACCCCUCCAACCGGUCAAACGGCGUCGCAAAGCACCACAAGCACUCGCGCUCAUCCUACUCGGAGUCGUCACCCCUCUCGACCUCGAGGAACAACUCAGUCACCUUCAGGCCCCCCAAGAGGCUGAUGUCAACUCCCAAUAAGACCAUUGCCGUCAUCAACGCUGCCGGCCGCCAGGCCGCAUCCCUCAUCCGCAAUGCCACCGCUGUCGGCUACCACGUGCGCGCCCAGCUGAGGAAUCUCGAGGGCGUCGUCGCCACCGAGGUGGCCACGAACCCCAACGUCACCGUCAUCGUCGGCGAGCUCUACACGAGGCACGAGCCUAGCGAGGACAACAAGGACGUGACACGCAGCGGGCCCAUAACAGGCGUCGGCGUCAACCACGACCUCAUCUCCAUCCUCUUCCAGGGCGCCCAGCUCGCCUUCAUCAACACCACCUUCUACGGCGACGAGCUCCAGAUUGGCAAAGCCGUCGCCGACGCCGCCCAGAAGGCUGGCGUCCAACACUUCAUCUACUCGUCCAUGCCCGACCACGCCACAUACAACCCUGACUGGCCCUCGCUGCCCCUCUGGUGCAACAAGCACGAGGUCGAGGAGUACAUCCGCGGCCUCGACCUGCCCGCCACCUUUGUCUACACGGGCAUCUACAACAACAACUUCACCUCGCUCAACUACCCCCUCUUCUGCAUGGAGCUCCAGAGCGACGGUUCCUUUGUCUGGCAGGCCCCCUUCCACGAAGAUGCCAAGCUGCCCUGGCUCGACGCCGAGCACGACGUCGGCCCCGCCAUCCUGCAGAUAUUCAAGGAUGGCGUCUCCAAAUGGCGCCGCGAGCGCAUCCCUCUCGCGUACGAGUACCUGAGUCCCCGCGAGGCCUGCGAGGUCUUUGGGCGCGGCCUCGGCCGCCCCGUCCGCUACGUUCGUGGCCCCAUCGAGGUCAAGGUCCGCGUCCCCGCCGGCUACCAGGACCACCUGGACGCCCUCCAGAAGCUUUUUCGGCCCGACGAGCCCGACGCCAAGAAGCAGCCCCCCUAUUUCGGCGACAUCGAGCUCGAGAGGCAGGGUUGCGCCCAGGCCCUAGAGCUCUGGGAGGGCCCCCGCGGACUUGAGGAGUAUGCCCGCGAGAUGUUCCCACUGGAGGAGGAGGCCAAUGGCCUGACGUGGAUGUUUGACGACGAGGACGAAGAGUACGAAGCCGAGACCGAGACGCAAGCACGAGCACAAGCACAGGCCGAAGCCGAAAAGUACGCCGAGGAGGUCCGAGCCACCACGAACUCGGUGGAGCAGCUACAGAUUCGCGAGGACGAGGACGAGGACGAGGACGAAGGUCUCAUUAUGCGGGCUCGCAAGAGGGACGAGGAGGAGUGGCUCGCAUAG